UACCCCAAGACAUAGCAAAGUAGGCCAAAAAGAGUCAAAACCCUCAAAACCCCAAUAUUAAGGAGGAAAGGAAGAGAGAGAGGCCUCUCGCACAAACGACGGAACAGUAAAAAAGGGAGGUUUUUUUGGCUGUGAAAUUUCCACUUUUUAGCUGUUUUUUUGGCGCCCUCAACCCUCAGCAGCCGUCCUUUCACGACCGCAACCCAACAGUCCAAGAUCCCCCCACGUCCCCUGUUCGAUUCUCCACAAACCCGUCUAAACUCUUAAGCCUACCCACCUAUCUCUCCCUCUCUGGUAUUUCACAAAUUGCUUGCUUGCUCUGCUAUUAAGUCCAAUCCACUGUUGCGGUCCUCCCCUUUCUACCCCUAGCUUCUUCUUCUUCUGCAACUCUCAUGGCUUCCCGGAAACACUUGGCCGCUGUUAAGGGCGCGAAAGUGCUCAUGGUUGGGGCAGGUGGUAUCGGCUGCGAGCUUCUCAAGACUCUCGCUCUCUCUGGCUUCCAAGAUAUUCAUAUUAUCGACAUGGACACUAUAGAAGUGAGUAACCUCAACAGACAAUUCCUCUUCCGACAAUCACAUGUUGGCCAAUCCAAAGCCAAAGUUGCUCGGGAAGCUGUCUUAAAAUUUAGGCCUGAGAUAAGCAUAACUUCAUACCAUGCAAAUGUUAAGGAUUCUGACUUCAAUGUGGACUUCUUUAAGCAAUUUAAUGUGGUUUUGAAUGGACUUGACAACUUAGAUGCAAGGCGACAUGUGAAUCGCCUAUGCUUGGGAGCUGAUGUUCCCUUGAUUGAAAGUGGGACGACUGGGUUCCUUGGACAGGUGACUGUACAUGUGAAGGGAAGAACAGAGUGCUAUGAGUGUCAACCAAAACCUGCUCCUAAAACUUAUCCUGUCUGUACCAUUACCAGUACUCCAUCAAAGUUUGUUCACUGUAUCGUAUGGGCAAAGGAACUUCUUUUUGCAAAGUUGUUUGGGGACAAGAAUCAGGCAAAUGAUUUGAAUGUGCGUUCUAGUGAUGGUGCUAGCUCAUCAAAACAGGCUGAAGAUGUAUUUGAACAUAGAGAUGAUGAAGACAUUGAGCAGUAUGGAAGGAGAAUAUAUGAUCAUGUAUUUGGUUAUAAUAUUGAGCAAGCUUUGUCUAAUGAGGAGACAUGGAAGAACCGCAAUAGACCAAAGCCUAUGUAUAUUAGGGAUGUCAUGCUCAAUGAGCUCGGUCAACAGAAUGGAAGUGUGGAAAAGAAUGGUGCAGCCAAUGAAGUAUAUUCAGUAUCUGCCAUGGCAUCUCUAGGAAUGAAGAAUCCACAGGAUAUAUGGAGCCUUAUGGAAAAUUCCAGAGUCUUUCUUGAGGCUUUGAAACUAUUUUUCAUGAAAAGGCAGAAGGAAAUUGGAAAUCUCACCUUUGAUAAAGAUGAUCAGCUAGCUGUGGAGUUUGUUACUGCUGCUGCAAAUAUACGGGCUGCUUCUUUUGGAAUCCCGUUGCAUAGCCUUUUUGAAGCUAAAGGGAUUGCUGGUAAUAUUGUACAUGCUGUUGCGACAACGAAUGCUAUUAUUGCUGGGUUGAUUGUCAUUGAGGCAAUCAAGGUGCUGCAAAAUGAUACAAAGAACUAUAGGAUGACAUAUUGUCUAGAACAUCCAGCAAGAAAAAUGUUGCUCAUGCCAGUGGAUCCAUUUGAGCCUAACAAGUCUUGCUAUGUCUGUUCAGAGACACCACUAUCACUUGAGAUCAAUACUCACCGUACAAAGUUGCGGGAUGUAGUUGAAAAGAUUGUUAGAGCCACGCUCGGGAUGGGCUUGCCACUCAUUAUGCAUGGUUCAGCCCUUCUUUAUGAAGUUGGUGAUGACUUGGACGAAGACAUGGUAGCAAAUUAUGCAGCAAACCUUGAUAAGGUGCUGUCUGAGCUUCCUACACCAGUUACCAGUGGGACCAUGCUGACAAUUGAGGAUUUUCUGCAAGAACUGUCGUGCAAGAUCAAUAUUAAACACAGAGAGGAAUUUGAUGAAGAGAAAGAACCCGAUGGAAUGGUUCUAUCUGGGUGGACUCAAGCUCCUGCAGUGGCACAGGAUGACAAGAAGUCUACUGCAAAUGCUGGAAGUUCAUCAAGUGCAUCAUCAUCUAUGGAGCCUGAAAAGACUGAUGACAUUGAAACUACUCCUGGAAAGAAAAGAAAACUGUCUGAGGUUUCUGAGUCCGCGAAUCCAGAAUUGUCGAGUGUUGCUGGCAGUAGUACAAGAAAUCCCGAGAAAUUGGAACUGGUUGAUGACGACGAUGACCUUGUCAUAUUUGAUAAUUGGGAUUCGGUCACGGACAAGAAGAUAAAGUUGCAAUAGUUAUUCCGUGGAUAACGUGGAGGCCUCAGUUCAGUUCUAAUUUUGUACCAUUAGUGAGAAGCACUCAUUCUUUUUUGGGAGGUUGGCUCAGUUGUUGUUUGUUAGGUGGAGCCGGUACAAAUUAAGCGGUCUAUGCUUCCCUCUUUUUUUUUUCUUUUUUUUUUUUGGUUGAAGGUGUAAUGUGUCGUCGUCUUCCUAACUUAGUAGACAGAAUUUUAGCAGUGUAACUUGAAGAGAAAACCAUAACCUCGAAAAUGUACCUGAAAUAACUAAACAAGUGACCGUGAGUUUCAAACUUCCUUUUCAUUCCAUCA